AUGGGCUGCCAAAGGAAAGUCUCCCCAUCCACCCAAACAUCGAAUACCUUCUCUUCCCGCCACUUCAUGCCCCAUUCCACAUGUUCCGAGCGCGAAGCCACCAACAGUGGGAUGAAUUACAUACAUCUUACCACGACGCUUGUUGAAUCCUUCAACGCUCUCGCCGAUGAGGUCCAGAUCCUGACCGAUAGGAAAACGAUCCUGGAGCACAAGCUCAGAUUCGCCCACGAGCAGUAUUUGGCCGACAAACAUGCCCCUGCUGCCCCCGAAAUCUCCGAAGUACUGGCAAAGUUACAGCUGCCGCCCGAACUCGCGAAUCCAUCGCUAGAAGACGCCAACCCCGUACCGCUACCGAAGCGCAACAAGCUGGAUACCCGAAAUCAGAUUGCUCUCAUCAUCCGAGACGGACGGCGCGUUGCCCAGCAGCUUACGUCGAUCGGCGAAACGAGCAAGACGAGCGACUCUAGUAGAGAGACUUCUUCUCGUGAGGCCCAGACCGGAACUUCCAUGUCUACCGUGCUUGAGCAAGACUUCACGAUCGAGGGGAAGAAGGGGCCUUUGGAAUGUCCUUUCUCUUCUCAGAAGGCGGACAGCGCGGGCGAGGGCGAUGGUGAAGUGCACAGCGCCGAGAAGGGCUCCCAGGACCCUACUCCGCACCACUCUACGGACCCCAUCUGUGCCGCCAUGUUCGAGGAAUCAACAUCUCAACCGGCUCCCGGCGCUGCCGAUUCCCCCGCCAAAUGUCCGAUUCGCUACCUGGACCAGCACUCCCCAGAAGAGAUCGCACACUACGUCGAGACGCAUAAGCACGAAUUGCCUCGCAGUCACGAGGUCUGUGUGAGAAGAUACCAGAAGAAUGAGGUGCAAAUCAAGAAGCUGGACGCAAAAUACGGCAAUUUGGUAAACAUGAUUCAGGGGCUUAGUGCGCUACAUCAGCCCAUGUUGCCGGAGUCACAGCAGGAGCAGGAAGAGAUCGAACGUGCCUCGAAUGAGAGGGUUCACAAUUGGGCAAAGGCUGUCACGGAUACGUCAGCAGACGAUGCCGACCAGUCCCAGCCUGAGCCUGAGGAUGCAGAUGAGGCUCGGCAGAGCCAUUUUGACAGAACGCUUAAGGAGGUUCGAGUCGGCGAGUCUCCUAGCCGUCCGUGGGGCAUAUCGGUUCCCAUCUACGAGCCUCAUGGUAUGGGCGAUGAAGAACGACCUCUUUCGCCUCCUCCAGCACCCGUCUUCAUGCCAUCUGGUUCUGAAGGCGAGGAAACACCAGCGCCAAAGACUGGCAAGUGUCCCUUCGAUCAUACGAAGAUGGCAGCGAUGGCAGCCGCUCGCGAAGAGGCUCAACCUGUCUCUCCUACACCAGCGCCCAAGCUCAUGUCAAACGAUAUAGGCGAGGAUGCAUCGCCGCCAAAGCCUGCUGGAAAAUGCCCCUUCGAUCACGCUCAACUUGCUGCAAUGGGCUUCGCGUCGCCUGCGCCAGACACUGGCGAUCAAACCUAUGUCCACCCCGAACCGGAUCCUCAACCUAUCGAACUGCCAUCGACGCCUGUGAAGCCGCAGCCAUCGCAAAGCAUGCCCCCUCAACAACCGACCUUCAUCAACCCCCCGCUCGACGCGAACAAGCAGUUCACACCGAACGGCAUGCCACAAAUGGUUUUCACCGGUCCAGUCUUCAUCGGAUAUCCCAUUGAGCAGGCAAUCCAAUUCAUGCAACACUUCCAGGGGAGGCAGUAG